CGGGAUGCUGGGACAUGCGCAUUUCACAGUGCACACACCAUGCGCUCUCUGAUACUGAUCUCGCUGUCAUUAUUCACACCAGAAGGUGAGUGUGACUUACUAAGAGACAGCGUCCAUGUCACGUCCGCGGCGGCUCGGCCCAACAACGAGCUCUGGUGCUACAGAUGCCUCGCGGAGGUGCCGGAGGACAAAUGUGCGGACUUGCGACAGAACAACUCCGCCCUCAUACACAAGUGCCACAAUGACCGGCGAGUGUGCAUGGUCAAACGCUUCUCAUAUACAACUUCCAACGAAAACUCCACAACAGCACUAAAGAUGUGGGCUUUGGAGCGCAACUGCACAAAGCAUUGCGAGCCAGGCUGCAUCAUCAUCGGGGAGCGGACCAAACUUCACGCGUGCACCUCGUGCUGUACCACUUCAUUAUGCAAUCACGAUUCCGGAACUAGCCGAAGAACCUUCAACGUCCUUGCUACAAUUCUAUCUCUCAUACUCCCAACCUUAUGAUUGCCUUAUUAACUUCUAUUACACCUAGUUAGGGAAUAAAUUAUUUAAAUGCUCACAACGCCGAACAAAAGAAUUAAUGCAUGAUUUAUUACAUCCUCAUUGUAAGAAUACCUAACUUCUGCUUCGCUUUAUAAACACGCAUCUAUAAUGUUAUUUUUUUAAGUAGUAUUUAAAUACAUGAUGACGUAGGUACAUGAUUCGAAUUACAAUUCUAUGGAUUCGUUAUU